AUGUUCUGUUUCGCAUGCCAUCGAUUUGCGUGUCAUCUACACAGCAGUGAGAACGUCGCUCCAAAAAAACUUAUCCCAGAUCACGCUGCUGAAGGACGCAGACGUGCAAUUCGCGGGGGAGGCAGACUGCCGCCUCCGUGUUCCCAGUGCUGCUUUCUUCGGGCAACUACUUCUAGGCGCCCUGUAGGAGAAAGGGAAGGAGAAACAUGGACAGAGGAACAAAUCCAAAUUCUACGACAAGCCGCCCUGAUGUUUGGAAUUGACCCAUGCUCACUAGCAAUCGUUCUGGGCGGAAAAACCUGCAGAGAGGUCUAUGAACGACUAAAUUGUGCAGAGGAGGCGAACAUGAUUGAAGAUCUUAGACAUGCUUGGCAUUUGAAUGACCAUGUGAGGGGCCCAAACUACAACAGUGAUGACGACGAACCUAUUGCCCGGGGUUCUAGAAAGCGUCGGCGUCGAAAAACGAGGGAGAACCCCACUGCUAAAAAGAGCGCACUUGUUCCCGCAAAGUAUGGUUCUCAGUGUACCAUCGAGGAGAGAAAGGGAUUCAAACCAUGCAACCAUGAAGGGGGCUGUUUCAAGAAGAAUUCAUGCAUAUGUGCUAUCAAUAGCCUCAACUGUGAGGCGCAGUGUGGGUGCAGGUGCGGCCGUUAUGUUGCGGGACUUAAAGGAAUGAAAUGGGAAGCCCCCUCUGAGGAGGACAUUAGAGCGGGAGCUGCCGCGAAAUGCAAACUGAGGUCUUGGGGAUGUAAGUGUAGAAACGGGCAUUGCAAUACGAGUCGAUGCGACUGUUUCGUGUACCUGAAAGCGUGUAAUCCGGACUUUUGCAGUUGUGAUUGCUGUAUCCUCCCAUCGAAGAUAUCUGUUCGACAAAGACAGUGCCGAAGUGCAGGCACAAUCACAUCGAUACAUAAGCGGAUUCUGAUCGGGCGAUCUACCGUACAUGGUUUUGGUCUGUUUGCGGCGGAAUCUUUUGCAACAGGUGAUCUUAUCGGGCAAUAUUGUGGCCGUAUCAUGAGCCCCGAACUAAUUACCAAAAGUCUGAGGAUUCCUCAGGCGGAAAAAAAAACGUACGCUUUUGAAAUGACAGAUUCUCUGACUGUGGAUGGUGGGUCAAUCGGUAGCAAGGUGAAGUUCAUUAACCACAGUGUGGAGCCCGCGAAAAUCAACUGUGAGGCUCGGAUAGAAAGCGUGCGGGGGGCUGGACGCGUUGUGUUGAGAGCAUUGAAGACGAUAUGCCCCGGGGAAGAGUUUCUUUUUAACUACAACCUACUAGACGAGGAAGGAAAUGACUGGAUGAUCCAAAAGAAUACCGGCGCAGCUGAGGAAGACUUUGAAUCGGAAUCGGAAUCGGAUUCAUAUUCAUCGGGACAGACAAGUGACGCGGGGUAUUCACAGCUUUUGUUCGACCCUGCUGAAGUAGCUCGUGAAGUAAAGGAAGAGGACCAGGAGGCACUGUUGUGA